GCUUCUACGAAUUACUACUGAUUCCUCAAGGUCGAUAGGUUUGUAUUGGGUUGGAGAUCAUAAACACCACGAGAAACUAUUCUAUAUUUUUCAUAAGAUGAAAUAUCUAUCUCUGAAACUCAUUCUCCCAAUUUUCAUGUCAUUUGAACUAGUCAACGCUUCACAGUUCUUGAAUUGAACUCCCACGUGAUACAGUCUCAAAUGCAUGUGAGCUGAUAGGAUUCGCGCGAUCAGUGAUUUGAUUCUUUGCGGCACUUCGACUUCUUGUCUUCGACGCACCUUCUGCACCCCCUGACUAUUGCCCAAGUCCACCUCCGAGUUAAAUCCGUGAUAGGAUUCUCGCAAGGACAUCACCUCUGCACGGCCCCUUUGCGCUACUCGCUAGUGAAGAGCAUCGAAGUUUGUGCACCUACUCCUGAUCGAUUCCAGGUUCGACAAAGUGAAAGGCUCGAACUUCGACGGCCCUCCUCCAGACGCGUCGAUCUAUCACCGCGCCCUUCGAAUCUCAUACAGAGCGCGAAUCAUGCACGGGAUCAUGUGAUAGAAGAGCCAGCCAGGAGCGUAUGGAUGGUGUCAUCGCUCCCCAAGCGUACCUGGUAAAACCAGCGCUCCAGCUUCUCUCAUACUCACCUCCCGCUCCACCCCACCAUGAAACUCAAUGCCCUGCUGGGCACCGCUCUCCUCGCCGCCGCCGGCGCGAGCGCCAAAACACACACGCAAUCCCACAGCACCUUCGCGGACCUCUCCGCCGCCUUCCCGAACCUCUCCGCGCGCGCACGCACGCCGCUGGUCGCGUUCGACAACUAUAGCCUCUCGCUCGCGGGGCAGCGCGUGUUCCUGCACUCGGGCGAGUUCCACACGUUCCGCCUGCCGGUGCCGUCCCUGUGGCCGGACAUCCUCCAGAAGGCCAAGGCCGCGGGGCUGAACGGGAUCAGCGUGUACACGCACAUGGGCGCGAUCAACCCUGCCCCGGGCGUCGUCGACUUUAAUGACUGGCGCGCGCUGCAACCGCUGUACGAAGCGGCCAUGGAGGCGGGGAUCUGGGUCGUCCUGCGGCCCGGCCCGUACAUCAACGCGGAGACGACUGCCGGUGGUAUCGCACACUGGAUCACGACCCAAGUCGCGGGUCAGCUGCGCACGAGUGCGGCCGAUUGGGAGGCUGCGUGGCAGGCUUACAUCGCGGGGAUUAUCAACCAGACGGAGCCGUUCCAGAUCAGCCACGGCGGACCGGUCAUCGCUGUACAGAUCGAUAACGAGUAUCAGCAGCGGUCGACUACUUCGCCGUAUUACACGCUCCUCGAGGAAACGUACAGGAAUGCUUCGAUUGAUGUGCCGCUGACGUACAACGACGCCGGAGAGCGAUCCAACUUUAUCAAUGGCUCGGGCGCAGUCGAUCUUUACGGAUUGGAUGCGUAUCCGCAGCUGUUCGACUGCGCGCAUCCAACGAAAUGGAAUCCGGUGGUGACGAACUACCUAUCCUACCACGAACGUGUCAACCCAGCCCAGCCGUUCUACUUCCCCGAAUUCCAGGGCGGCUCGUUCGAUGCAUGGGGUCCGGGUGCACCCGGCUACCCUGCCUGCGCCCAGCUCACAGGCCCCGAGUUCCAGUCGGUGUUCAACAGGCAGCUCUGGGCGAGUAAUGUAAAGAUGCUGAGCUACUACAUGUUGCACGGGCACGUCGUUCUCUUCCAGCCCUUUAGCAGCUUCUCACUGAGCACACGUAGCGGUACGAACUGGGGCGCAUUCCCCUUCCAUGGGGUGUACACUUCGUAUGACUACGGCGCAUCGAUCGCGGAGAACCGCGCGAUCUCGACGAAAUUCAGCGAGCUCAAGCUGCAGGGCAUCUUCCUGCGCAGCUCGCCGGCAUUCUACAAGACCAACUUCAUCGGCGAUACGAGCGCAGGCGGCGCGCUCCCGAACACGACGAACGUCGCUGCGUUCGUCAGCCUGUUGACGAAUCCCGAUACCAAGACCGGGUUUUACGUGCUCAGGCAGACGGACGGGACCUCCACCGCGAUAACGAAUUUCAACAUGACGAUCGCAACCUCGCUAUCGCCUACACUGAACAUCCCGAUUGUGACCCCAACGCUGACGAUCUCUGGGCGCGAGUCGAAGCUGAUCCUGACCAACUACGCAUUCGGAGGCUCGACGGUGGACUACACGACCGCGCAGGUGUUCUUCGCGGGCAAGAUCGGCACACGCGACGUGCUGUUCCUCUACGGCCAGCCGACCGAGUCGCACGAGCUCAGGCUCGCGCUGACGGGCACGCCGAACACCGCGCACCAGUCGGCGCAGGUGUCGCGAACGAGCAGCGUCAGCGGGACGACCAUCCUCGGCAUCCACACCGGACUCACGGGUCUUUCGACGCUGUACGACUCGUCCACGCAGCUCGUGCUGUACGCGGACUACGCUACCGCCGCGACGUUCUGGGCGCCUGUCAUUUCGUCGGGCGGCCAGUUCGGCAAUUUCUGGAGCAUCGGGUCGAACAGCACCCUGCUCGUCGGCGGGCCGUACCUCGUCCGCACGGCUGCUGUCUCCGGCAGCACGCUCGCACUCGUCGGCGACCUCAACGCCACGAGUAGCAGCAGCAGCAGCACUGUUCCCCUCAGCCUCAUCGUGCCCCCCAGCAUCAAGUCCGUCACGUGGAACGGCGCCGCAGUGGCCGUGCAGGCGGGGAUCUCGACCGUCGGAGGGUGGACAGGCACGGUGGGCCCACGCGCGGCCGCGACGCAGGUGAAGAUCCCAGCGCUGACGGGGUGGCGGUACGCGGACUCGCUCCCGGAGGUGCAGUCUGGAUUCAGCGAUGCGGGGUGGGUGACAGCGAACCACACGAGCACGAACAUCCCGUUCCCGAUGUAUUACGGCGACGGAAGGGUGCUGUAUGGGUGUGAUUAUGGCUUCUGCGAGAAUAUCGUGCUGUGGCGCGGGCAUUUCAACGCAGCGACAUCCCCACCGGCCAGUGUCAAUCUGUCGAUCAACGGAGGCGAGGCGGCAGCAUUCGCGGCGAGUGUGUGGCUGAACGAUGUUUUCCUCGGGACGUCCUUCGGAAACUCCUCCAACAACCGCCAUAUCCUCGAGGAAACGGACGACAAGUUCACUUUCCCCGCCGGUUCGGUCAAGACGGGCGACAACGUGAUCACGAUUGUCCAAGACAACAUGGGACUGAACGAGACCAUCAACGGCAACGCCAACACGUGCAAAUCCCCGCGCGGCGUCCGUGGCUUCGCGCUGUCCCCGAAUACGACGUCCUUCGGGAGCUGGAAGGUGCAGGGCAAGGUCGGCGGGUACCUCGGCUUCCCGGACAAGACGCGCGGCAUCAUGAACGAGGGCGGGCUCUUCGGCGAGCGCGCCGGGUGGCACCUCCCCGGCUUCGAUACGUCGGCCUGGGUCAAACGGGAUCUGCUGCAGGGCCUGCCGGGCGGCGGCGCGGGCGUCGGGUUCUUCGUCACGGAGCUCGACCUCGCGAUCCCCGCCGGCACGGACGUGUUCCUCAGCUUCACGUUCGAGGAGCCGCUCGGCCAGGCGUACCGCGCGUAUCUGUUCGUGAACGGGUGGAUGAUGGGCAAGCGCGUCGCGAAUCUCGGCCCGCAGGCCAAGUUCCCCGUGCACCAGGGAAUCCUGAACUUCUCGGGCAAGAACACGGUCGCGGUCGCGCUGUGGUCGAUGUCGAGCGCGCCCGUCACGCCGAACCUCCAGCUCGUGGUGGACGGCGUCCUUGAUGGCGGCGUCCCGGGCGGCGUCACCGUGAACAAUCCCGCAUUCUCGAGUGCGGGCAGAGUCUGAACGAAUAUGUAAAAGCUGUAAUUGAAAAAAUACUCGAGAUUGAACUGUGGAGUUUCAAAUGCAAGAAUGAUUUUCUGAAUUCCGUAUCAUUUAUUGAUCGUGAUCGCGUGAUCUCCGGCCUGCUCUAUGCACGUGAUGGUAUGUGGCUGUAACCGGCCAUCAAAUUCUAUCGCAGGCCCCUGAUUGUGCCAAAUCAGGCCAGCGCCCAAACUUUCGUGAUUAACCCAAGUUCUGUGCGGCAAAGUUUUGGCUCGGAAUGUUUUUCCGGCACUGCGCUAGCCGCUAUAUUUCGUUCUGACUAUGAUUCUGCUGAAUUUCACUAUGUUUCUUGAUGGGGAAAAUGGGUCGAGGGGUCGAUUAGAUAAUUGUAGUGUAGGUUUGCAAUAGCAAUGAGAAUUGAACUUGAAUUGCUU